CAAGUUACUGUUCUGGUGCUCCUAGCUAUCAAGCAAAACUUGUGAUUUAUGUACGAUGGUGCUCUGCCACAUUUUCAUCUCGAAAGAAAAACAUUUCUAAACAACGCCUUCAUAAACCGAGCAGAGCGAGGCGGAUCCAUUCAAUAGCAUAUGUUGCACGAGAAAAAUACUUCGAACAUUUUCUUCAAUCAUUCAACUUUAAAAUUAAAAUAUCUGACGGUGGGGUUUGAUACAUUUCGAAAUGUCAACGGACGACGUCGAUGAAACAUGCUGCAACUCGUGGCAAAACGGCAUUGUUCAGCCGCUGCUCACAGACUUAUAUGAAAUCACUAUGGCUUACGCAUAUUGGAAGAGCGGCAAAAUAAACGACCACGCUGUAUUUGAUUUAUUUUUCCGCAAGAAUCCUUUUCAGGGAGAAUUCACGAUCUUCGCCGGGCUUAAGGACUGCAUAGAGUUCUUAAAUAAAUUUCAUUAUUCUCCUAGUGAUAUCAAGUAUCUAAAGUCGAUUGUGCCUGCUAUAGUAGACCAAAGAUUCUUUGAUUAUCUACAAAGUCUCACUGCAAGAAAUGUCACAAUAUACGCCAUAGAUGAGGGAUCGGUCGUAUUUCCAAACGUUCCUUUGAUAAGAGUGGAAGGACCAUUAAUAAUGGUACAGCUCUUAGAAACAACUCUGUUAACAUUGGUCAACUAUGCAAGUCUAAUGGCGACCAACGCAGCAAGAUAUCGCAUGAUGGCUGGGAAAAACAUAAUGUUGCUUGAAUUUGGUCUUCGAAGAGCGCAAGGACCUGAUGGAGGAUUGAGUGCAUCUAAAUACAGCUAUAUUGGUGGAUUUGAUGGGACUAGUAAUGUCUUGGCUGGAAAGCUGUUCAAUAUACCUAUACAUGGCACACAUGCACAUGCAUAUAUCACGUCUUUCACCAGCAUCAGCGAUCUGCAAGGGAAAACAUUGGCGCAUAAGCAAACGGGUGACAUUUUAGAUGUAUUGGAACUUGCUUGUAAGCAUCGCGAGGCUAUUGCCGACGAUUUGGAAGCUUCAGUUUCGCAGGCGUCUGAUGGAGAAUUAGCGGCUUUGAUCAGUUAUGCCAUCGCUUUCCCGGAAACAUUCACUGCUAUUGUGGACACAUAUGAUGUUAAGAAGAGCGGUCUGUUAAACUUCUGUGCGGUAGCGUUAGCUUUGAACAACUUGGGGUAUAGAGCUAUCGGGAUCAGGAUUGACAGCGGUGAUUUAGCAUAUCUUAGUAAUGUGGCGAGAGAUAUUUUUGAGAAAAUUGCCAUCAAGUACGACAUACCAUGGUUUGCAAAAUUGAUGAUUUACGCGUCCAACGAUAUCAACGAGGAGACUAUAAUAAGUUUGAAUGAGCAGAGCCAUAAAAUUGAUUGUUUCGGGAUUGGAACGCAUCUUGUAACAUGCCAAAGACAACCGGCUCUGGGAUGCGUUUACAAAAUGGUAGAAAUUAAUAAUAAGCCGAGAAUCAAACUGAGUCAAGAAGUUGAAAAGGUCACAAUACCAGGCAGAAAAGCUGCUUAUAGACUCUACGGAUCGAAUGGCUACGCAUUGAUAGAUCUUUUACAGGUAAUAACAGAAGAUCCACCGCAAGUAAUGCAAAAGGUUCUCUGUAGGCAUCCGUUUCAGCAAAGAAAAAGAGCUAAUGUUACACCAUCCCGAGUGGAGUCUCUGCACAAGAUAUACUGGAAAGACGGCAAAUUGUGUCAACCAUUACCUACUUUACAAGAGAUCCGCAAUAGAGUGCAAGAAUCUCUCAAUAUAUUGCGUAACGAUCAUAAAAGAAAUUUGAAUCCAACACCAUAUAAGGUAGCUGUCAGUGAUACUUUAUAUAGUUUUAUGAACGAAUUGUGGUCUCAGAAUGCACCGAUUGAAGAAUUACGGUGAAGUAUAUUACUUUUAUACAAGAGUACCGCUAAACUGAUCUCUAGCAACUAUAAAUACAGAGUAAUAACAGAAUUCGAAAUCACAGAUUCGAGCUGCGUUCGGCAAUGCAAAUCUGAGUACUCUUAUAUUGUAGCAUAUGUCACGUGCACUAGAGAGAAAGAGCACUCCGACGCCUCAGAUUUGCAUUGCCGAACGCAGCUUUGCUAAGGAAAUGCAUAAUAAGUCUUCUUUUCUCCAAAAUCAAUGUAAGAGAAAAUACUUGUA